CAUCUUCCCCCGGCCCCGGCAGACUGAUACGCUGAUAGAAUCUGAUAGAGCCUGGACGAGAGGAAUACGGGAAAUCAUCUGGGGAUCCCGGUGUCAUUUGGAGGCAGAGACGAUUACAGGACGCCAGGACAACCAGUGUCAGCCGGGAAGGACGAUAUCUGAAGGACUGAUCAGAAUUUCUUUACCAGAGCUUACUGAGGAAUAUACCCGCUUUUAACGUUAGAGAGAAGGCUCUUUUACUAAUACAAAGAACGGAAAACAUUGAGCUAAGACCGAGGAUUAAUAACAAAAUAUCUACCGCAUGUAAACUAGGAAAAUGCAGAAGUCCAGACAAUUUUAAGAUAGGCGAUAUAUAUAAGCAUGUAGUCCUUACAUGACAAAAGGCGUAUAACAACUCCAGUAAAUGUAAACAAACAGCUAUUCAAGCUAGCUGAAGUUAGCCGAUUGGGGGUUAGCUUCCUUGCUAGUAACAUAUAGCUAACCUAAGGUAGUAGGACCGAGGCACAACGGAGGUAAAGCGAACUGAACAAGGCUGUUGUCUGGUUUAAAACCAAUUUUAACCUCAACAUAGUCGUCCUCAGUGGAUGACAGCUGUCGCACUGUUUGUGUUAUCUCAGUAUGAAGUUAUUAGCAUAAUUAGCCUUUCAUCUAACGUCGGCUAACUGAUAUUUGCGUUAGCAGACCAGCUUAAUAACAUUAACACUCGCAAGCUAAAUGUAGAACAAAGAGGACAUUUUGACAAUACUACGUGUGUUUUUGACAUAGACCCGUUUAAAAUAUUUUGCUGUGAGAGAGAAACACUUCCAGGGUUGGUGUAAUGCUACAAUAGACAAUCCAGAUAUUCCGAGUAGUCCAGUUGAUUGGCUGAAAGAGUAGGACGUCGGGAUGAAGGAAAACAACUUCAUGACUUCUUAAAGAUUUAGUCAUAUCGCUCCCCUUGCCUGCGUUGUUGCAAGGCUAUUGGUGUAUUCGCGUUCUUAUCUGUAUAGUGAGUGGACAUCUCUUCGUUCUGUUUGACAGUAACCGUACUGGGCUGGUAAGUUUGGCUCGUUUGCCCUCUCAGCGGCAGCAGUCGAAAACAGUGCAGUCAAAUGGACGAGAGGACCUUCAGUUCAACGUAACGGGCUGUAAAAGGAGCCACAACUCAGCCAGGCAGUAUGGAGCAGAUUGUUAAAUCGAUCUAAAUUACCAAUAAUUUCAUUUGAAAAGAUAAGAAAACACCCUUUAAACACAGGAGAAGUUACGUACAGACACUUUGUAAUAAUAGUUAGUUUUGUUGUGUAUAUAUUUCCUAGAGACUAUUCGAAGGAGACCGUCGCCUUGUCAGAGUUUGUAUUAUGUAGCUGUGUUUGAGGGCCCAGCAGUAAGCCUCUCAGCUGUGUUUUGGUUGCAAGUGGCCUCCCCUCCCCCAGUCUUGAGACUCUAGAUUCUCUGGUGUGGAGUGUUGGACACUGUUCGCCGGGUUUCGCCUUGUUUUUUUGUUUUGUUUUGUUUUUUUAGACCGAAGAGAGGCCGUGGCCUCAAGUCGCAGUCCUCUGGACUUCGAGGCAAUUAAAAAGUGGAUGUAAUGGAACUGAUGUUCGCCGAGUGGGAGGAUGGGGAGAGGUUCUCCUUCGAAGACUCGGACCGGUUCGAGGAAGACUCUCUGUGCUCCUUCAUCUCAGAGGCCGAGAGCCUCUGUCAGAACUGGAGGGGAUGGAGGAAGCAGUCUGCUGGACCCAACUCCCCUACUGUCAAGAUUAAAGAUGGUCAGGUGAUACCACUGGUGGAGUUGUCAGCCAAGCAGGUAGCGUUCCACAUCCCGUUUGAGGUGGUGGAGAAGGUCUACCCCCCUGUUCCAGAGCAACUCCAGCUCCGUAUCGCCUACUGGAGCUUCCCUGAGAAUGAGGAGGACAUCAGGUUGUAUUCCUGCCUGGCUAAUGGGAGUCCAGAUGAAUUCCAACGUGGAGAGCAGCUGUAUCGGAUCAGAGCAGUCAAAGAUCCUCUGCAGAUUGGUUUCCAUCUCAGUGCUACAGUUGUGUCCAGCCAAGCUGGUCAGUCUAAAGGAGCCUACAAUGUGGCGGUCAUGUUUGAUCGCUGCCGCAUCACUUCCUGCAGCUGCACCUGCGGUGCUGGAGCCAAAUGGUGUGCACAUGUGGUGGCACUCUGCCUCUUCAGGAUCCACAAUGCAUCAGCAGUGUGCCUGAGGGCUCCCGUCUCUGAGUCUUUGUCCAGGCUGCAGAGGGACCAGCUCCAAAAGUUCGCCCAGUACCUCAUUAGUGAGCUGCCUCAGCAGAUUCUACCCACUGCUCAGCGACUGCUUGAUGAGCUGCUGUCCUCUCAGUCUACUGCCAUCAACACUGUCUGUGGCGCUCCAGACCCAACAGCUGGCCCUUCAGCCUCUGACCAGAGCACCUGGUAUUUGGAUGAGUCGACCCUCAGCGACAACAUCAAAAAGACACUGCACAAGUUCUGUGGGCCUUCACCUGUCGUCUUCAGUGAUGUAAACUCCAUGUACUUGUCGUCCACGGAGCCACCAGCUGCUGCUGAGUGGGCUUGUCUGCUGCGACCUUUGAGAGGCAGGGAGCCAGAGGGAAUCUGGAACCUUCUGUCCAUCGUCAGGGAGAUGUUCAAGAGACGAGACAGUAACGCUGCCCCGCUGCUGGAGAUCCUCACUGAGCAGUGCCUCACCUACGAACAGAUCAUCAGCUGGUGGUACAGCGUUCGGACAUCAGCAUCCCACAGCAGUGCCAGCGGCCACACUGGGCGGGGCAAUGGCCAGUCAGAGGUGGCAGCUCAUGCCUGUGCCAGCAUGUGUGAUGAGAUGGUAGUGCUGUGGAGGCUGGCAGUGCUUGACCCCACUAUGAGCCCCUGCAGGCGUCUAGAACUGGCAGGCCAGCUGAAGCAAUGGCAUCUUAAAGUGAUAGAGAUAGUGAAGCGGGGACAACACCGCAAGUCCCUGGAUAAGCUUUUCCAGGGAUUCAAGCCUGCUGUGGAGUCCUGCUAUUUCAACUGGGAGGUGGCCUACCCUCUGGAAGGCAUCACCUACUGCAGUGCUGAUAAGAAGAGCGCCACCUUCUGCUGGUCCAGGGCAGUGCAGAACCAGAGAGGAAUGAAAGCUGCUGCAGCAGGUGGAGGAGAACCUCUUGAACCAGGGGGAGGAUGUAGAGUUGAUGGUGGAGCUGCUGGAGAUUUUAAAGGAAGAGGAAGUGGUCACUCACCUCACCAGGAGAUGGCAGUGCGACCCAAAGAGACCAUUUUGACCAAGAGGAAGGGUUUGUCAGUGAGUGGUGGGGGAGGGAUGCUAGUCCGUCUGGGAGGGAGUGUCUCUCUGUCUCUAGAAGACGGAGGAGGGAAGUGCAUGUAUAAAGGACCGGGCUCCUCCUCUGGAGGGAAGCUGAAACUGACACAGGGAGGUGGCAAGGGCACGUCUGUUGGAGGUCCGGGUGGAGGUGGAGGGCUAGGAGGUGGUAAGCAUGCCAGUGCCAAGCGGAGAACCAGCAGUGAGGAUAGCUCUCUAGAACCGGACCUGGCUGAGCUCAGCCUGGACGACGGCUGCAGUCUGGCUUUGGGGGCUGAGGCCAGCAACACUUUUGAGUUUCUCCCCCCACCACCUGAGAUGCUGCCCUCCCCGAGCCCACUACUCCGAGACUCACGCAAGUACAGCGUCAGCAGUGGAGAGAGCAAGAUGUUUGAAACCAAACGUGUCAGCCAUGCCUCGCCUGUACUCCCUGCUGCAGAGCCUGUUCCACCCUCCUUCCCUUCCAAAGAGGCAGUGGUGGUUGUAAUGGACAUGCCCAGUACUUCAGAGAAGGAGGCAGAGGUGGAGGUGGAGUCAGUCCAGAACAGAGAUGAAGAUGUAGACUCAGCUUGCAGUAACCAGCCUUCCACCUCCGCUGCUACAGCCAGAUUAGGUAACACUCCUGCCUCUACCAAGCCACCACGGGGCCGCAGGGAGGCGACGUCUGCUGGGAGCGGGGCAGCAGCUGUGGGUGGAGCAGCUAACCAAGGAGCAGAGGCAGCAGGUGGAGCUGCAGGAGGAGAGGUUGUGGGUGAGGAUGACUAUCAAGCCUACUACCUGAGUGCUGCCUCAGAGGAGGGAGCAGACAGACAGCUUGCUGACAACCACCAGGAGGAGGAACCAGACAUCUUCGCAGGGAUCAAACCGCUGGAGCAGGAGGGACGCAUGGAGGUGCUAUUUGCGUGUGCUGAGGCCCUCCAUGCUCAUGGCUACAGUAAUGAGGCAUGCCGGCUGGCUGUGGAGCUGGCCAGAGACCUGUUGGCUAACCCUCCAGACCUGAAAGUGGAGCAGCCACAGACCAAGGGUAAGAAGAGCAAGGUGUCCACCAGCCGUCAGACGCAGGUUGCCACUAACACGCUGUCAAAAGCCGCCUUCCUCCUCACUGUCCUCAGUGAAAGACUGGAGCUCCACAACCUGGCCUUCAGCACUGGCAUGUUCUCCCUGGAACUCCAGAGACCACCGGCAUCCACUAAAGCUCUGGAGGUGAAGCUGGCUUACCAGGAGUCGGAGGUGGUGGCUCUAUUGAAGAAGAUUCCUCUGGGCCUUGUGGAGAUGUCGGCCAUCAGAGAGAGAGCUGAACAGCUCAGAGACGGAAACUUCUGUGAUUACAGACCUGUGCUGCCUCUCAUGUUGGCCAGCUUUAUCUUUGAUGUGCUGUGUACCCCAGUUGUGUCCCCAACUGGCUCCCGUCCACCAAGCCGCAACCGCAACAACGAGAUGCCUGGCGAUGAGGAGCUGGGCUUUGAGGCUGCUGUCGCUGCACUCGGGAUGAAGACAACAGUAAGUGAGGCGGAGCAUCCUCUGCUGUGUGAAGGAACCAGAAGGGUGAAAGGAGACCUGGCUCUGGCUCUCAUGAUCACAUAUAAGGAUGACCAAAGCAAGCUCAAGAAGAUACUGGAUAAGUUGUUGGACAGGGAGAGUCAGACCCACAAGCCACAGACUCUCAGCUCCUUCUACUCCAGCAAGCCAGCAGCUGGCAGCCAGAGGAGCCCGUCCAAACACAUCACUGCUGGGGCCACUGGGGGGGUCUCCAAACACGCCCCAUCAUCUUCCUCUGCAGCCACUGUGGCAGCCUCUUCCUCCAGCUCUUCCUCUGCUGUGACAAUGGCUGGUGAGGAGGUGGCACACCAGUCUGAACUGAACCCUGUGCAGAACAGCACAGCUGGGGAGAGCACUGCUGAGACCAGGGAGCACGUGUCGGAGGGCCCUGCUUCAUCAAGUGACCAGCAGAACGAAUCAGCUCCAUUUAAGCUGGAGGCCACAGUGCCCAGCCGGCUGGCGCUGGGGGCACGCUGUGGAUAUAACCAGCGCUGCUGGGGUUCACCUGUCCGGCAGAAGAAGAAACACACUGGCAUGGCCAGCAUUGACAGUAGCGCUCCAGAGACGACUUCAGACAGUUCCCCCACGCUCAGUAGGCGGCCACUUCGAGGGGGCUGGGCAGCAACAUCCUGGGGUCGGGGUCAGGACAGUGACAGCAUCAGCAGUUCAUCAUCUGAUUCGCUGGGCUCCUCCUCUUCCAGUGGUUCUCGCAGGGCAGGGGGCGGGGCCAGGGCCAAGAGCACCGACACCAGCAGGUACAAAGGGCGUCGUCCAGAGUGCCAUGCCCCCCAUGUGCCCAACCAGCCAUCAGAGGCAGCAGCUCAUUUUUACUUUGAGUUGGCCAAGACGGUGCUGAUCAAAGCCGGAGGAAACUCCUCGACCUCCAUUUUCACCCAGCCCUCAGCCAGCGGGGGGCAUCAGGGGCCCCACAGAAACCUGCACCUAUGUGCCUUUGAGAUUGGCCUGUAUGCUCUCGGCCUCCACAACUUUGUCUCGCCCAACUGGCUGUCCAGGACCUACUCCUCCCAUGUGUCCUGGAUCACUGGCCAAGCUAUGGAGAUUGGCAGUGCUGCCCUCAACAUUUUGGUGGAGUGUUGGGAUGGUCACCUCACACCACCAGAGGUGGCAUCCCUGGCAGACCGAGCAUCGCGUGCCAGGGACCCCAACAUGGUCCGGGCAGCAGCAGAGCUGGCCCUGAGCUGCCUGCCUCAUGCUCACGCUCUGAAUCCUAAUGAAAUCCAGAGAGCCCUGGUGCAGUGCAAAGAACAGGUACUAGCAAUCAAGGACAAUGUGAUGUUGGAGAAGGCCUGCAUGGCAGUAGAGGAAGCAGCCAAGGGUGGAGGUGUGUAUCCUGAGGUUCUGUUUGAGGUGGCUCACCAGUGGUACUGGCUGUAUGAGCAGUCAGUGGGUGGGGGCUCGGGCCAGCAGCGAGAGACCUCUGGACGCUGUGGGGCCAACGGGGGUUCAGGCAGGAGGCCCCCAGAGUCCAGCUGUGGCAUCCUUGACAGCGGAGCCAACAUGGAGUCAGCAGGGGUGGCAACAGUCACAGCCUCAGUCACAGCAGCAGCUGUUGUACCUGUCAUCUCUGUGGGCUCCACCAUCUACCAGUCCCACGCCAUACCCGGGCAGGCCAUUGCUCACCCUCAUACCCAGGGCCUCCACCCCUACACCACCAUCCAGGCCCAUCUCCCCACUGUCUGCACCCCGCAGUACCUGGGACACCCUCUGCAGCACGUUCCCCGACCCACCGUCUUCCCUGUGUCUGGGGCUGCAUACCCACAGGGAAUGCACCCAGCUUUCAUCGGUGCCCAGUACCCGUUCUCAGUGGCCACCGGUCCCCAGCCGCCCAUGGCAGCCACUGCUGUGACCUUCCCUGGCGUUCCUGUACCGUCCAUGACUCAAAUUGCCGUCCAUCCCUACCACACGGAGACUGGCCUGCCGCUCAGCACCACUGUAGCAGUAGGCAGCGUCCACUCUGGCCCCACCAUCCAGGCCAUACAGGGAGCCUCUAUGCCCUCCCUCUCCUCCCAGCCGGGCUCAUUGGUCAGUACUCCCUUCCCAGUGGAGGACGAGCAGCACAGUCAGCCAAUCAGCCAACAGGGCCUGCACUACCUGCAUUCUGCCUACAGAGUUGGUAUGCUGGCCUUGGAGAUGCUGGGAAGAAGAGCUCACAAUGAUCACCCCAACAACUUCUCCAGGAGCCCACCCUACACUGAGGAUGUCAAAUGGUUGCUGGGACUGGCUGCAAGGCUAGGAGUCAACUAUGUGUACCAGUUCUGUGUCGGAGCAGCAAAAGGUGUCCUCAGUCCGUUCGUCCUGCAAGAGAUCAUAAUGGAAGCUCUUCAGAGGCUGAACCCUGCCCACAUCCACGCCCACCUCCGAACACCUGCUUUCCACCAGCUUGUCCAGCGCUGCCAACAAGCCUACCUGCAGUACAUCCACCACCGGCUCAUCCACCUGACACCUGCUGACUACGACGACUUCGUCAACAUCAUCCGCAGUGCUCGAGGUGCUUUCUGCCUGACGCCUGUGGGCAUGAUGCAGUUCAACGAUGUGUUGCAGAACCUGAAGAGAGGCAAGCAGACCAAGGAGCUGUGGCAGCGCAUCUCCCUGGAGAUGGCGACCUUCUCUCCCUGAACAGCAUGGUCUGGGUGUGGGCCUGGAGGAAUCCAUCCAGUGCCCCCUUAGCCUCCAGCAUUGCUACUGCCACUGCACUGAGCCAGCCAUGUUCCUGUUGUCUGGUUCUGUCAGGGAUCCUACUCCCUGCUAUGUACACUCAACAAACACAGCACACAGGCAGUACAAUCAGCUCCCAUACCCCUCAACCUAUAAAGACUUCCUUUUUUAUGUGUUUGUCCACCCAGAGGAGAAGGCGGGUCACCCUUCUGCUCUCCUCUGUUCUUGACUGACUCCUCUCACUCCUGUUUUAUCAUGGUUCAUGUUUGUGUAACUGUAAUUAAAGUGUACGCCUUCCUUUGUUCAUCUAA